AUGACUACACGUACCCUGGAGACGCGCUUCGAGCGCAUGGCUCUCCAAGACGAGAAUGAUCACGGCGAUGGCACGAGGCUCUACGCAAAAGCCAAGACGGCGGUCGCUGCAUCAUCGACGGCACAGCUCUCCCACGCAAGCAGUCGCACGAACCUCUUCAAGGUGGCGCUCCAGUCGCAGAGCCACAACGCCGUGGCCGCCGUCACGCUGCCCUCGCAAGCUGCUCAGCGGAAGGUCAACAACGCGGCCUCGCCUGCCCGCAAGCCCCUGCCGUCCACGGGGUCGGCGCGCUCGUCGGACGAAGGGAGCGACGCCGCGCUCGGCAAGGCCUCGCUCUCGCUGGUCGAGCAGCCCGGCCUGCCCAGGCAGUUCCACCUGGGCAUGUUCGAGAUCGGCCGGCCCCUCGGCAAGGGCAAGUUCGGGCGAGUCUACCUCGCCAGGGAGCGCACCGCGGGCUUCAUCUGCGCCCUCAAGGUGCUGCACAAGAGCGAGAUCCAGGGCGGCGGCGUCGAGCGCCAGGUCCGCCGCGAGAUUGAGAUCCAGAGCAACCUGCGCCACCCCAACAUCCUCCAAAUGUUCGGCCACUUCCACGACAGCAAGCGCAUCUUCCUGAUUCUCGAGUUCGCCGGCAAGGGCGAGCUGUACAAGCACCUGCGGCGGGAGAAUCGUUUCCCGGAGUGGAAGUCGGCCCAGUACAUUGCGCAGAUGGCGUCGGCGCUGAGGUACCUGCACCGCAAGCAUGUUAUACACAGGGAUAUCAAGCCUGAGAACAUCCUGAUGGGCAUUCAUGGGGAGAUCAAGAUUUCCGACUUUGGCUGGAGCGUGCACGCCCCCAACAAUCGGAGGAAGACCAUGUGCGGAACCCUGGACUAUCUGCCGCCCGAGAUGAUCAAGCCCGGGUCGUCGGACAAUUAUUACAAUGAAAAGGUGGACUUGUGGAGUUUGGGUGUCUUGACGUAUGAGUUCCUUGUUGGGGAGGCUCCGUUUGAGGAUACGCCCGUCAUGACUCAGAGGAGGAUUCAAAGAGCUGACAUGUCGAUUCCGUCCUUUGUGAGUCCCGAGGCCAGCGACCUCAUCAAGAGGCUUCUUGUUCUUGACCCCGAGAAACGAAUCUCCCUUGAGCAGGUCCAGGUCCAUCCUUGGAUUGUGAAACACUGUGUCAAAGGAGAGCGAGCUACCAACCGUGACAAGGGGCGAUGA